AUGGGAGAAAUGGAGCAUCUGCGCAGGGAGGCGGAGAGCCUGAAGGAUGACAUCACUGCAGCCCGCAAAGCAGUGCAGGAUGCCACGCUGCAGGACACCGUCUCAGGGACAGCUGUGGUGAGCCGAGUGCAGCUUAAAGCCAGAAAGACCCUGAGAGGCCAUCUGGCCAAAAUCUACGCCAUGCACUGGUCCACAGACUCAAACAGUCUCAGUUAUCUCUAUUUUCUCCCUCUCAGACUCUGUGUGAGUGCAUCUCAGGAUGGAAAGCUGAUUGUGUGGGACACAUAUUCCACCAACAAGGUCAACGCCAUCCCGCUGAAGUCCUCGUGGGUGAUGACAUGUGCAUACGCGCCUUCUGGGAACCUGGUGGCAUGCGGUGGCCUGGACAACAUGUGCUCCAUCUACAACCUGAAGGGCAAGGACGGCAACGUGAAGGUCAUGCGCGAGCUAGCCGCACACACAGGCUACCUGUCAUGCUGUCGCUUCCUGAGUGACAGUGAGAUCAUCACCAGCUCUGGAGACUGUACGUGUGUUCUCUGGGACAUUGAGACUGGCUUGCAGAAAACCAUGUUCACUGGCCACAUGGGAGACUGCAUGUCCCUGGCUGUGUCUCCAGACUUUAACACUUUUAUUUCGGGAGCAUGUGACUAUACAGCCAAGCUGUGGGAUAUACGAGAGGGUCAGUGCAGACAGACAUUUGGAGGCCAUGAGAGUGAUAUAAAUGCUAUUGGAUUCUUCCCCAGUGGUAACGCGGUGAUCACAGGCUCAGACGACGCCACCUGCAAGCUGUACGACCUGCGCGCCGACCAGGAGCUGAUCACGUACCAGGACUCCAGCAUCAUGUGUGGGGUCACUUCCCUCGCACCAUCACUCUCUGGACGCCUGAUCCUGGCUGGCUACGACGACUUCAGCUGCAACAUCUGGGACUCGCUGAAGGCUGAGAGAGUGGGAGUGCUGGUAGGUCACGACAACCGUGUGAGCUGCAUCGGGGUGACAGCCGACGGGAGGGCAUGCUGCACAGGAUCAUGGGAUAGCUUCCUGAAGAUCUGGAACUGAUGUACCUUCUGGAAGAGCAAGAGGGAGGG